AUGUCGCAGCUCUCGGUGGACAGUGAAAAAAGCGACUUUGGAGCUGCCAACGCCUCUCAAAAAAAAGUUAAGGCAAACCAAGAGUGGAAAAAUGAAACAGAUGUUACAAAGUUCAUCCUCCUGGAUUUUAGGAAUGGUCCUGAAUUGGAUUCUCUUCUCUUCCUGAUGUUUCUGUCAAUCUACCUUGUGAGCAUAACUGGAAACACUUUCAUUGUUGUGCUGAUGGUGGCUUCUUCACAUCCCAGUGUACAACUGCACCUUCACAUCCCAAUGUACUUCUUCCCGGGCUGUUUGGCCUGCUUGGAAAUCUGCUACAGCUCAAAUAUCUAGCCAAGGAUAUUGCUCAGCUACCUGGGUGGAGACGGAAGCAUUUCAAUGCAGGGGUGUUUUACCCAAUACUAUUUCUUCAGCUGCCUGGUAGCUGCAGAGUGUUACCUCCUGGCAGCAAUGUCCUAUGACUGGUACCUGGCAGUGUGCAAGCCCCUGCACUACCCAGCCCUCACGGGCACCAGGCUCUGCCUCCAGCUGGGCACUGCAUCUUGGAUCAGUGGCUUUCUCUCUAACUCCAUACUGACCUUCCUGAUCUCAAAUUUAGAUUUCUAUGGGCCUAAUGAAAGAGACCAUUUUUUCUGUGACUCAUUCCCAAUGAUAAAACUCUCCUGCUGUGACAUUUGUGUGGUGGGACUUGUGACUUCUGUCAUGGCAGGGGUGUGCUCACUGCCUCCGUUCCUGUUGACCUUCUCAUCCUAUCUCUACAUCAUUGUCACAGUCAUGAGAAUUCCUUCUGCCACUGGAAGGAGAAAGGCCUUUUCCACUUGCUGCUUACAUCUUCUUGUAGAAGUUCUUUUUUACUGGUCAAUAUUUAACGCAGUUCUUGUGCUCAAGGCAUGA